GUGCUGAGAGGGAAAAGUAAUGCUCCAGCAUUCGCCUCGUAGAUUUGAACAUAAUUCUAACAUUGCGAAGCUACGUACGUCUGAGGAAAACACAAAACCCUCCGACAAAACCCACAACCUCCCGAAUUGGCAUGCAUUUAUAAUAUUGUUCCACAAUAGGUCCCUAGUUUUUAACUAACACGGUUUCGGAAUUCUUGUUGGGUAAAAUGAUUGCUUUAUUGCCAUUACAAAACAAAAAUGAAAAUGUUAUUCGGUUAUUACGGGAUUACUUUUAUGAUCAUCAGAUUUAUAGUUUCAAAUUUCCCAGAACUUUUGACGUUUCACAAAGAGGGCGUGGAAUGUGCGCACAUAUUAGAUGUCAUAAAGAAGACGCUGUCAAAUUGAAGUUUUCAAAACAUUUAUUUUUUAUUUUCUUUAAUUUCUUGUUUACAAAAUACUAGAAAAUGAUAAAAUAAACGUGCUAUUUGAAAAUACUCUACUACGGUUAACCUGUAAUUAAAGCGUGUAGGUGACAAAUAUUAGGUAUUAUGUAAAUGUAAUUUAUAAAUAGUGCAAUCUUGAGGUUUGCUUUAAUAGUAAGUACAAAUGUUAUUGUACUUCAAUUAAUAGUACAUUGGAAGAUAUGCCUGCUCCAUUAACUGUUCUCUUAGAACCAGACCCAGAAUGUCGCAGCAUGACUGACAGUGUAGGAUCCCAUUCAGAUUUAUCAGGAACCGUUCAAGGUGGAAGCUCAAGUAGUAGUAUUAGUAUACGAACACACAUGGACGUCGUAUGUGUUCUUGAUAUUUGUCAGACGACUAAUUUAUCCCAUAGGAAGAAAGCGCUCGAAGAUGUUCGCCAAGCUUGCCUGCAUGUAGGUGCAAAUAUUAACCAUAUACAAUUUGAGAAGCUUGAUUUCGGUGAAUCAAAUGUUGUUAGCAGCUUCUAUAACGCAGAUGUUGCCAUUGUGGAUUUAUCGAUUCCUGUUCAACAAAGCACGUUAUUUUAUCACCUAGGAGUUCGAGAAAGUUUUAAUAUGAAACAGAAUAUAUUAUUAUUUAACGAUACCGAUUCGGAAGCAACCGUCAGGCUUAAGGUAAUUUUCACACAUAUAAUACUAACCAAACCAUUAAAGAUGUUAUUAAUAUCAAUUGUACUCGGGUUUCUUGUUAUUUUCUUAUCAUUGUUGUAA